AUGAGUACCUAUACCACCGAUAAGGCCUCUCCCUUCACUCGCGCUGUAAUCAGCUCCAUGAGAAAGCUAUAUCCUGAAGCAUUGGCUGAUCAGAGCUUCGAUAACACUGGAUUACUCCUAGAGGCCCCCUUUGAUCCCAUAAGACGUCAGAUGAACUCUGUCCUCCUCACCAUCGAUCUUACGAAAGCGGUUGCCGAUGAGGCUAUAGAGCGGAAGGAUUGCGUCGUUGUUUCAUACCAUCCUAUCAUAUUCAAGGGCUUCAAGGCUCUUACUCUGGCAGACACCCAGCAACAGUCCCUGCUACGGCUCGCACUCGAGGGUAUAAGCGUCUAUAGCCCACAUACAGCGGUUGAUGCAGCUCCGGGAGGCCUAGGCGAUUGGCUUGCGGACAUCGUUACAGGAACCCUACCAGGGCCGGAGCCGGAGACCCAUACCGCAAGGCCAGAGGGUGGAAUCACAGAUGCCGCAGGCAAGGAUGCAGACGGUAAACCGGGGGGAGAAGAAGUGGGAGGAGAAGGGGGUGGCGAGGAGUCAGCAGACAGGGAGAAAGCCCCGGGGCCAAAAGCGAAGAAACGACCUGGCCGACCCUCGAUGGGCCCACGCCAGAGCACAUACUCAAAGCCAACCUAUCCAAAGCCCGCUGAGCUCGACAAGACAGAUCUUUCGCCCUCAACGACGGGUCAUUCACGCAACGUAAUCCAUGCGAUCAAGGGCGUUGAGGGCUUUGGCGGAGCGGGCAUGGGCCGAUUGGUAAAGUUCAAGGAGCCUCAACCCCUCACUCAUCUCAUCGAGCGCAUUGCCCAUGGCGUUGGCUCGCCGAAAGGAUUCCCCGUUGCCAUACCUCAGACACAGCAGGUCGAGGAUAUCCAGAUACGCUCUGUCGGCAUAUGCGCUGGCUCCGGUCACUCUGUCCUCAAGGAUGUGGAUGCGGAUUUGCUCUUCACUGGGGAGUUGUCGCAUCAUGACGCGCUGGCUGCGACGGAGAAGGGGAAAUGUGUGGUCACACUGUUCCACAGCAAUACCGAAAGAGGCUUCCUGAGCAGCGUGCUGAAAGACAAGCUUACAGCGGUGCUUAAGGAAGAGUGGAAGAAAGUUAGGGAAGAGGUGAAGGGGGAGGUCGACACUAAUUGGGAUUUAGCGGAGGAGUGGGAGGACGCGCUGAAGGAUGAAGAUGUGCUGGUAGAGUGCAGUGAGAGGGACAGGGAUCCAUUUGGCAUAGUCAUAUUGCAGAGUUCACCGCAGGUGGGAAAGCCUUUGUCGGACGGAUCAUGA